AAACAGUCUAUGCACUCGCUUACACCUUUUGGAUUUGAUGACGCGGCACCUGGGAUCAGCCACAGCCCGGUUAAGGCUCCGAGGAAGGUGCCGCGGUCGCCUUAUAAGGUUCUGGAUGCACCUGCCUUGCAAGAUGAUUUUUAUCUGAAUCUUGUCGAUUGGUCUUCACAUAAUGUGUUGGCAGUGGGAUUGGGGAAUUGCGUUUAUUUGUGGAAUGCUUGUAGCAGUAAGGUAACCAAAUUAUGUGACCUGGGAAUUGAUGAUAGUGUUUGCUCAGUAGGCUGGGCUCAACGCGGAACACAUCUUGCUGUGGGAACUAGUAACGGGAAAUUGCAGAUUUGGGAUGCAUCUCGCUGUAAGAGAGUAAGAACAAUGGAGGGCCAUCGAUUACGUGUGGGAGCCUUAGCCUGGAGUUCGUCCCUGUUAUCUUCCGGUAGCCGAGACAAGAGUAUUCUUCAACGAGAUAUACGUGCUCAGGAAGAUUUUGUCAGUAAACUUUCUGGACAUAAGUCAGAGUUUAAUUGUUGCUUCAUGGGCUGAUUGUUUUUCAUCCGUUUGCAGCUAUUUGUUUGGAAUCAACAUUCCGCCCAACCUGUCUUAAAAUACUGUGAGCACACAGCAGCUGUUAAAGCGAUUUCAUGGUCUCCCCACCUUCACGGACUGCUUGCAUCAGGAGGUGGUACUGCUGAUCGAUGUAUACGGUUCUGGAAUACAACCACUAACACCCACUUGAGCUGCAUGGAUACUGGCAGUCAGGUAUGCAAUCUUGUUUGGUCUAAGAAUGUUAAUGAGCUUGUCAGUACACAUGGAUACUCCCAAAACCAGAUAAUAGUUUGGAGAUAUCCUACAAUGUCCAAGUUGGCAACUCUCACAGGUCAUACAUACCGAGUGCUUUAUCUUGCCAUCUCACCUGACGGACAGACCAUUGUCACUGGAGCAGGAGAUGAAACACUAAGAUUUUGGAAUGUUUUCCCCUCUCCUAAGUCUCAGAACACAGACAGUCAGAUUGGAGCAUUAUCUUUUGGAAGAACUACAAUCCGGUGACCCUGCAAAGUUUUUAUCGGUUAAAAAUGAAAAGCUUUAUGUGCAGGUGCAACAAAGUUGAGUUGAUUAAAUGCCAUCCGAUCUAUUAACUCUUAUUGAUUAAAUGCUUCACUGUGUUGGUAUCCUCCACCAACAUUCUUGGAUCCAAAAAAAUUAGCUAGUUUUAGUUAAAAGACAUUAGAGAAUGUAAUGCUUCAUCCCUGGGUUCUUGCAAAUUGAUGUUUUGGAAAUUCUUUUGGAUUUGUUGAUGUAUAGUGGGAGAUGUUAUCAACUGCUCCCCCUGGGUUGUAUAUUUAAGGGAUGAGUAUGUUUUGAGAGAGGGAUGGUUGCCCCUUUUUGUAAAUAAAUUCCCAUUUAUUAUAUUCUAAUUUUCAAACAACUCA